AUGGCUGUGUCGACCUUGGGAUUAGCAUUCGGUCUUGGUCUCAUCGUUGGCUCGGGGCAAUCAAUCUCAGAGAAGCUUGCUUUCCAAAGCUUCGCCAUCGGUCUCCCUCAAUACGGCGUCCACCUAUUCAACAAGCCAUGGUUCAUGUCACUGAUGAUGUUUUCUGGUAUGUUCCUGGCAUUGCUGGUCUUCUACUUCCGAGCCCUAGCUGCACGCAGGAUGUCCAACAGAUCGUAUUCAUAUCCAACUCGCAAGACAUGGUUAGCUAUUUUCUUCCCGGCAUGUUUUGAUCUCGUUGGUACAUCCUUCCAAGCUGUUGGUCUGGUCUACACUCCAGUUUCUGUCUUUCAAAUGCUCAAGGGAAGCAUUAUAGUUUUUUCAGCCGCCUUGUCAGUGAUUUUCCUCAAACGUAAGAUGUACCGGAACCACUGGGCUGGCGUCAUCAUCUGUGUAGUCGCUCUCGGUUUGGUCGGGUCUUCCUCGAUUUUCUCGAGGGACUCCCAAGCUGUCAGUUUUUCUGCUGGUGAAGUUAUUACCGGUAUUUGUUUCAUCAUCGGUAGCCAAGUCGUGUGCGCCUCUCAAUACGUCGUUGAAGAGUUCCUCCUUAAAGGUGGCGCUGUACCACCAUUGGCUUUAGUCGGAAUUGAAGGCAUCUGGGGUCUCCUCGUUAUGGCAUGUAUAAUUGUCCUUGGUGGUGUCUUCGGCUACGCUUUGAACACUUUCGCCUAUAAUAUCUGCGCUGUUAACGUUACUAACUCUGCCUCUGCUAUCCAUACCACCAUGCUUGAUUCUACUAGGACUAUUCUUAUUUGGCUCUGUUCUGUUAUAAUGUAUUACAUGAGUGACGACCACUCUUUCGGUGAGCCCUUAACGCCGUAUUCGCUCAUCCAACUCGCUGGUUUCGUCCUACUCGUUUACGGUGUGCUCGUCUAUGACAACAUCGUACGCCUUCCAUUCGGGCUUGCCGGUCCCGACAAGGUGAAUCCAACUCGGGCUCCCAUGUCCAUGUCGAUGUCUGCUGGUACUCCUCUCGAACGGAAGCCAUUCGUUAUGGACGACUCGCCCAACUCCAUUCUUUCGUCAAUAUCUAACAGUGCCCGUCCCCAUCGGGUUACAGUCAAAUCCGAAGUCUAUGAGCCGCUAGUUAAUAAUGCCGAUAGACGAGUAUAA